AUGCGGGAUGCUGAGGGCAAUGUCUUCAUUGACAGGGAUCCGCGAUGGUUCCAAACGGUGCUCAACUUCCUGCGCGAUUCGUGGGUUCCGCUGCCGCCCACCAUACACGAGCGGCAGCAGCUGUAUCAGGAGGCGCAGUUCUACAUGCUGGAGUUGUUGCCGAGCUAA